AUGGAUAACGAACCACUGUGUGCCGAAAUCGCCGAUGAAUAUGUCAGAGAAAUAAUGGCUAACUCACACACCGCCGAAAGUGAUCAGAAUACGGAUAGGAAAAGAUUUUACUCCGAUGAUAGUGAUGUUGAGGACACGUCUGAAGCAUUCAGGGAGCGAAAGAAAAGUAAGAGCUGUUUUGAAAGGGACGGAGAAUCAUCUGAAGGAUUCAACGCACAAUUUAUGAAGUUUGCUAAUAGUAUGCAGGAUUCCUUUAAGAAAUUAAACAUGAGGAUAGAUGAUUUAGAAGAUAAUCUGGAAAAGAAAAUAGUAGGUAGAAUUUCACAAUCUAUUAAUGCUAAAAUCGAGGAAAGUGUCAAGAAUCGUGUGACAGAAGAAGUGACAAUUAUGAAAGCAGAAAUUUCUGAAAACAUUAAAACAAUAGAACAUAAAAUUGCGAAUUUGAAAAUGACCAGGGAACCAGUCGACCAGAACGUAGAGAGCAGUCGAACAAAGAAUAUAGUGAUUAAAAAUCUCCUGCCCUGGGAGCAGCUUUAA